AUGUACGUAAUAUAUCCUGCGGAUGAAGUAGUUACCCAGACAUACAUAUCGCAAUCGCUGCCUCGGCCACGGCAGCGGCCUACGCUUGACAUUAUCUUUGGGCCGCCGCCGCCAGCGCGAUCCAGCGCGCUCUCCCCGCCCCGCGCCCCCACCCUCACUUGCGACAAGACACAUCUCAAAACGGCGCCCCCGGAGCCACCAGAGCGCGCGCCGGCCUCGCCGACGCCGUCGCUCGAACGUCCAAAGCUGCGCGAGCGCACCAAAGCCAAGCUGCUUAAGAAGCUAGGUCGCCAUGAGGACAAUGAAUUUGGAAAAAUUGUUAGAACCCCUGCUCCUGAUGAAUUUGAAUUACCCGCUCCUUUGCCUACUCCGGCAUUCUCUAGAAAAAACAUAUUUGAUCGCAACUUCGAUGCACUUUUUGAAGUUGCGAACUCACCACAAUUCGGAGCACAUAUUCGCGUAACAACGCCUGAACCAGAUCGCCAGUCGGAUCUUUCGGCUGCACACUUUCCAUCCCCAAAUGAGUCGUCAUUGAGCCAUCUCCCGCCACGUCCUCAUUCCGAACCGAGCUCUACGCCACCAACCUCCGCUCGUACCUCAACGCCUUCGACGCCAACGCGACAACGCUCUUCUUUUGAAGGUUCGUCGCCGAAUUCCAAGUCGAAGAAAGUUAGUUUCUUUCGUAAGCUAAGCCGUUCCAAGGAGGCGCAGCAAGCUCGCUCCGCCAACAUGCAACAACAGCCUUCGGUAGAGAUGGCACUUCGCGAACUUAACCAUCCAACGCACAAUGAACAACUAAAAAACCAGCAGCAAGUGACUUUCAAACUUGUUAAAACAGUGGCAGACUUUACGACACAGUUGUCGCAGCUGUACGAGAGGCACUCAUCGGACCUGCAAGUGCUGGUGGCAAGUUUCCGCAAAAAAAACAGCGAAAUCAGGAAGGAAAGGUAUUUAUACACAUUCUUUACUUAG